AUGAAUGUGGAUGUUAUCGUCAAUAUACCAGUUUCUGAAUUUGCAGUAAAAGUGCUGAUAAACAUCAAGGAAAAAAAGGCCCAAGACAACCGUGGCAUGAUUUACAUUGCCGAAUCGAAGGCCCAGCUGCUUAUGAUGUGCUCAAGAACUUCGAGCAACGCUAGUCCUUCCGGAACUAUUCCCAAUGACCAUCCAUCAUUAUGGGCCUUCAAGGAAAAUGAUCCUGAAAACUGGCAUAUUCAGAUUUUUCGCUCUGUGGAUUCAGAAUCAGUGGAAGGGUUCCCCACAAAUGUCUUUGCAGCAAAGGAACAAAACCUCGUGUUUGAAAAAAAAUGGGCAAUAGAUAGGAGCAUCCAAAUGGCCUAUAUCCAGGCAAUAAGAUCUGCUCAACGCUUCAUAUUCGUUGAGAAUCAAUAUUUUAUUGGAUCAUCUUUCGCUUGGCCCUGUAAUAAAAAAACAGGUGCUAAUAAUUUAAUCCCAAUGGAAUUGGCGUUAAAGAUCGCCAGCAAAAUAAGGGCAAAUGAGAGAUUCGGUGUAUAUGUUAUCAUUCCCAUGUGGCCGGAGGGUGAACCUUCUAGUUCCUCUGUACAACAAAUUUUGUAUUGGCAGAGACAAACAAUGCAAAUGAUGUAUAAAAUUAUCGCUGAAGAGCUCAAAUCUUCCAAUGUUGAGAACGCACAUGCAACCGACUAUCUGAAUUUCUACUGUCUUGGUAAACGAGAUGAUGGACAUACACAAGAAUCGUCCAAUGAUUCAGCUUCAGAAGCAUUUAGGCGAUUUAUGAUAUAUGUGCAUUCCAAGGGAAUGAUAGUGGAUGAUGAGUACAUAAUUAUUGGUUCGGCCAACAUCAAUCAACGGUCGAUGGCGGGUCAUAGAGAUGUAGAGAUUGCUAUGGGAGCUUAUCAGCCCCAUUAUACAUGGAUCAAGAAGAAAGAACAUCCACUUGGCCAGGUUAUAAGUCUUGUCUUUGUUCCUAUUAUUUUGCUUUUAUAA